AUGAUCUCCGCGGUGACGAAGGAUCGCGUGCAAGCACUCAUGACCAGUCUGACAUCUGAAGUGAUGGACACCACUACAACUUUGCCGACGCUAAGUUUUAUGGACAACGAGACCAGAUGCGGACAGCCGAUUUUGAAUUACGGACAUGUUGAGAAAGUGCUCGUCGGAGGAGUUCUGACCUUGCUUACCCUUUUAACAGUUUGCGGGAAUCUUCUGGUGGUCAUUUCAGUGUGUUUCGUGAAGAAACUAAAGCAACCUUCUAAUUAUUUAAUCGUUUCUCUGGCCGUUGCAGACCUUUCGGUGGCGGUGGUCGUCAUGCCGUUUGUCAGCAUCACUGACCUCAUCGGAGGACAGUGGAUUUUUGGUCGUGUUUUCUGUAAUGUUUUUAUCGCCAUGGACGUGAUGUGCUGCACCGCUUCAAUAAUGACACUGUGUGUCAUUAGCAUAGACAGAUACCUGGGCAUUACUAAGCCAUUGACGUAUCCUAUGAGACAGAGUGGAAAGUGCAUGGCCAAAAUAGUGCUUUCUGUAUGGCUUCUCUCUGCCUCCAUCACCCUACCCCCACUGUUUGGAUGGGCUCAGAAUGUCAAUGAUGACAACGUGUGUCUGAUCAGCCAGGACCUGGGCUACACUAUAUACUCCACUGCCGUGGCUUUCUACAUCCCCAUGUCCGUGAUGCUCAUUAUGUAUUACCGGAUAUACAGGGUGGCGAAGGUGAGUGCCGCCAAGCACACGAUCGCUGGCUUUCCCAAAGCGGAAGACGAGGAAAGCGUGAACUGCGUGACUGCGGCCCUAAAGCUGCAGAGGGAGGUGAAAGAGUGCGUGAGCUUUUCUCGACGUCUCAAAAGUAAUCGUAAAAACAUCUCCAUCUUCAAAAGGGAGCAGAAGGCGGCGGCCACCCUUGGGAUUGUCGUGGGGGCUUUCGCCGUGUGCUGGAUGCCCUUCUUCCUGCUGUCCACGGCGCGUCCGUUCAUCUGUGGGGUGCGAUGCAGCUGCGUGCCUCUGUGGGUGGAGAGGACGCUGCUGUGGCUAGGCUAUGCCAACUCACUCAUAAACCCCUUCAUUUAUGCAUUCUUCAACAGGGACCUCCGGACCACCUACCACAACCUCAUUCGCUGCCGCUAUCGGAACAUCAACCGCAAGCUCUCGGCAGCCAGCAUGCACGAGGCUUUGAAACUUGCUGAGAGACCUGACCUGGUGCUGUAGGCUGUCCGUACCCUUCAUGUCUCUCUAGGGACUGAUGCAGGCACACGGAGGCUGAGAGACGUUUUUGACAAAUUCCUUAUUGCUCUCGAGGAGGAGCUUUUCAGUCACUUCAAUUAAGUCGAAUUGCGAUGACUUCAAUUACGUGAACUUGGAACGGUUGUAAAACUUAAUUAAAUGCUGUAUAAAAUGCUUUAUAAAUUAGAACUUAUUGCUAUAAAAUUAGCUUGAAGAAGGGGAAAAAUAGCCAUCAAAAUUUCAAUGAGUGAGGAAUCCUCCAGUAUCUUGUCCAUAUUUCAUGCAGUAUAGGCUACUUUUUCCUGGUUAUAUUAUAUAAGUAAUAGUCCUCUAUAAUAAUGAACCCAUGGCAGCAUGGAAGUGGCAUUUUUACAUUAUGGAUUAUAAAUGACAGUUCAACCAAAAGAUAAAUACUGCCAUAAUUUACUCACCCUCAUAUCAUUCCUAACCUUUACUAAGUUAGAAAAGAUUUGUUUUAUUUUUUUUUUCCAUAUAA